AAAACGAAAAGCAAGAAACUCAGACAAAGAGAGCAUAUAAAUACUUAUUCUAUUGAAAGGGGUUUUAGGAGGGCUUUUUAAGAUUGCCCCUUUUUAACGGUUCUUUCUUUCUUACCCAUGUUUACCCGCCAUCCUAAAACCCUCUACAGAGUGUUCUUAGUUCAAAAUCUCCAUUCAAUUGACAAUGCACACCAACUGUUCGAUAAAAGUACUAAACCAGCUCUCAUUUCCAUUCACCAUUCAAUGCUCAAUUCAGUACACCAAAACCAUAAAAUCAAAGCUCUAAAACUUUUCAAGAAUCAACUCCAAACGGGCAUCUCAAAAAUCGACGAAGUAACACAACAUGUCCGUUCAAUUCACAAUGCACACCAAGUGUUCGAUAAAAGUACUAAACCAACUCUCAUUUCCAUUCACCAUUCAAUGCUCAAUUCAAUACACCAAAACAACAAAACCCAAGCUCUAAAGCUCUUCAAGAAUCAGCUCCAAAUGGGUAUCUCACAAAUCGACGAAGUUGUAAUCGCGUUAGCUCUUAAGGGUUAUCGCGAAAACGUAAAUUUAGGGACUCAAAUCCAUAGUUUAACCAUUAAAACCGGGUUCAUUUCUUAUCAAACAGUACCAAAUUCAUUAAUGAGCAUGUAUUGUAAAACUGGAAAUUUUAAUAAAGCUUUAUGUGUGUUUAACAGUCUUGAUUUUGCUGAUAGAGUUUCGUAUAAUACACUGCUUUCGGGGUUUGAAAAUGGUAAAGAGGCAUUGAGUUUUGUUCUUUGGAUGCAUUCUGUUGGUUUUAUUUUUGAUGCUGUGAGUUAUACUACUGCACUUAGUCAUUGUACGAACAAAGAGGAGUUUCGUUUAGGUAUCCAAUUGCAUUCACUUGUAUUGAGGUUCGGAUUGGAGAACGAUGUUUUUGUUGGAAAUGCACUUGUGACUAUGUAUUCAAAGUGGGGUAAUAUAGUGGAAGCUGAAAGAGUGUUUCUUGAAAUGCCCCGUAAAGAUUUGGUUUCGUGGAAUGCGUUGCUCUCGGGGUAUGCACAGGAAGGGAAUUACUCAAAGGAAGUGAGUUUCGGGUUUAGGGAAAUGAUGAGGGAAGGGGUGGGAUCAGAUCAUGUGUCGUUCACUAGUGCUUUAUCUGCUUGUGGACAGGAGAGGUGUUUGGAGCUUGCGAAGCAGAUACACGGUUUGGUUAUUAAAAUGGCAUAUGGUACUCAUGUUUCGGUGUGUAAUGUUUUGAUAUCGUUGUAUUAUAAGUGUGAUGAAAAUGGAGAUGCGAAUAAGGUUUUCCAAAGUAUGAAUGAACGUAAUGUAGUUUCUUGGACAACGAUGCUUUCCAUGAGUGAUGAAAAGGCUGUAUCUAUUUUUAAUGGGAUGCGGAGAGACGGUGUUUACCCUAAUCUCGUUACGUUUGUUGGAUUAAUCCAUUCUGUAACUGCAAAGAAUUUGUUGCUGGAGGGGCAAAUGGUUCACGGACUUUGUUUAAGAACAAACUUCUUCUCUGAACUAAACGUUGCUAAUAGCUUCGUUACCAUGUAUGCUAAGUUUGAAUUAAUGGAAGACGUGUUUAAGGUUUUUGAAGAGCUCGAUCAACGAGAUCUCAUAUCGUGGAACGCUUUGAUUUCUGGAUACGCUCAAAAUGGGAUGUCUUUAGAAGCUUUAAAAACAUUCUUGUCAAUGUCGAUGGAAUUGCCACCAAAUGAAUACACGUUUGGUAGUGUCUUGAGUGCAAUUGCCUCAUCCGAGUGCAUUUCAUUAAAGCAUGGCCAACGAUGCCAUGCGUGUUUGAUAAAACGUGGGUUCAACAGUAAUCCAAUUGUUUCCGGUGCUCUUCUUGAUAUGUACGCAAAACGUGGGAGUAUAUCUGAAUCUCGAGGAGUUUUCGAUGAGAUAAUAGACGGGAGCCAAGUUUCAUGGACUGCUAUUAUUUCCGCUCAUUCAAGGCAUGGUGAUUAUGAAUCGGUAAUGGCUUUGUUUAUAGAAAUGAAGGAGAAAGGUGUGAGUCCUGACUCAAUAACUUUUCUUUCUAUACUAACAGCAUGUGGUCGGAAAGGGAUGGUUGAUGUAGGAGUAGAUAUUUUCAAUUCCAUGGUUAGAGAUUAUUCCAUCGAACCAUCUUCGGAGCAUUAUUCUUGUAUGGUGGAUAUGUUUGGUCGGGCAGGAAGGCUAAAGGAGGCUGAAUUCUUUUUGGCUCAGAUUCCAGGAGGACCAGGAUUGUCUGUGUUGCAAAGCUUACUUGGUGCUUGUAGGAUUUAUGGAAAUGUUGACAUGGCGACAAGAGUAGCCAAUAUUUUGAUCGCGUUAGAACCAGAGGAGUCGGGUUCAUAUGUGUUGAUGUCAAAUUUGUUUGCAGAAAAGGGGCAGUGGGACAAGGUAGCAAACAUUAGAAAGGGAAUGAGAGACAAGGGAGUGAAGAAAGAGAUAGGAUUCAGUUGGGUAGAUGCAGGUAGUAUUGAUUACUCUUUAAAUUUGCACGGAUUUUCAUCGGAUGACAAGUCUCAUCCCCGGACUGAUGAGAUAUAUCGGAUGGCAGAAUGGAUAGGUUCUGAGCUGAAGCAUUUGGAGCACGAAGACGAAGAAAGUGAGUCAGUAACGUUAUCAUGUAUUAUAUGAGUUCCUUGGACAAAAUUGUAUCCAUAUCUUUCUUUCCGCCUAAUCGGUGAAGCUAUCUGUAAAUACUUAUUGAGAAAGAAUCUUUGAAGUAACUGUUUUUGCAAUCAGUCUUGAGAUGCUGAACUGAUGUUUCUUACACCACAAAAAGCACUACAAGAAAGGGCUAAUGAAACUUUUGAUCGGAGGACUGACUGACCCAGGUUUUCACGAGCUUUAGCGGGUUGGAGUGCUUGUCGAGGGCGCUAGCACAUACCCUGAGUUCUCGGUACAGUGGAAUGUGUAACCCACCUGCUGUUCCAUUCAACUACAUUUGUUCUUUAAUCCAAAGCUUAAAAGAACGCAGCAGCGAGGGAGAACCCACCCAUACAGCCAGCGGGGAGGAUGACACUACUGACAAAGACCGUCCGGCGUAAAUGCCGCAGGCCCGAAGCGUGGUAGGCGUGCUCAAGAAUAAAGUAAUGCUGACUUGUAUAAAUGUAACAUGUAACAUGUUCUUGUCCUUAUUUCAGAAUGUCCUUUGACAGAUGGAACAGUAUCAACUGUGAAAAGAAAAUUUAAUGAUAAAAUACAACAUAAAUUUUGUC